AAGUUCACGUACGUGUGCACGACGGGAAGCUGAUAUCAGCUAUCAUUGACCUUUCACGCGUCCUAUUAGACAUCUGAUGAAAAUGUACACGAGGUAAAAAUAGUUUUCAUAAAUGCGAAGGUACUCCUUGUUACGAUUCAUUUGAAGACAAGUAACGGCUGGCUAAUCAUCAGAGACAGAGAUGUAUAUCCCUGGAUGGGACAUCGCAUUAAGCGUAUUUUCUCGUGUUCUUGGAGUUGGCUGUCAUCUUGACCAAGUUGACUCUAGUCAAAUGUCAGCAGUUUUCAACCUGGACGAGGGGACGCUCGUAAAAAUUUUUAGUUAUCUUCCCAUUCGUGACUUAGUUCGGGCAUCGCAAGUUUGUAAGUUAUGGAACAGACUGUCAUACGACCGCCUAUUAUGGAAAAUCGUCGACUUAAAGUAUUUUUAUAGAUCUCUCAUCGACCCUAUAACCUUCCAAACGCAAGCCUUCACUAGAUUUGCUGGAAAGGUUAACUGUCUCGACUUAAGUGGCUUUACUCUAACCGAAGAAACUCUGGGAGCUCUCGCCACUUAUUGUAAGGAACUGCGCGUCUUGAAACUGAAAAGUGUGAAGUUUGCUACUCUUUCAAAUGGCGCUUUCACAGGAAACCGUGGCCAAAAUGAAAUUAUGUUCCCUAGCAGUCUUGAGUACCUAGACAUAAGGUUUUCUCAUGGAAACCCCCGAGUUUACAUGGCAAUUGCAGAUCAGCUGAGCAAUGUUCGAUGGCUAGGACUCUGUGACCCUUUUUUCCGCGCAGUUUCAGCAAACGGCGGACUAGAAAAAACUAUUGAUAGCAUGAAACACCUGGAAAAACUAGAUUUGAGCCAUUGUGUGCUACUCAAAGACAGACAUUUGAUGGGGUUUGCACGCUGCAGCAAUUUAGAAGUACUUAGUGUACGAAAAUGCUCAUUUCUGACCGGCAGCUUCGUAGAACAUUUCCUGGAGUCCUGCGCCGAGCUUAAAACUCUUAUUCUGGACGGAAUCAGUUUAGACGACGAAACUCUACAGAGAAUCACUUGGCGAUAUUCUUCCUUGAAACAUCUAGAGCUAGGAUGGUGUCCUCUCGUUACUCCAACUGGGCUGAAGACAGCGCUACCACGCAUAGCAAGAAUCCAAACAUUAGAGUACCUUGGACUCUGUGCUAUUGGAAGUGGAAAGGCUUUGAAUGAUGAAAUCCUGCUGGAUCUCGGUGCAAGUCUAUCCUACUGGCGAAUUAGGCGUCUACAAUCUUUAAACGUGAGCCGUUCACGAUCUCUAACACAACUUGGCGUAAACGAGUUCAACAAGAUUUGCCCGUUUAUCGAGCUGUUAGACACUACAGAUUGUCCAGCAAUUUAUUCCUGCCAUUCAACACUAUGCAGCGAAGCAUUCGACAGUUUUCAAGAUGAUAAGACCAGCAAAUUCACAACCACUCCAGGAGUUGAACUCUUUAGGCAACGGAAUGGCUCCAUCAGCACCACCCAGUUUGCCCGAUCUAAGUACACUUUGGAAACACCUCUUUGAUAAACAUUUUAUUUCACUUAUUUUGGACUACUCUAAUUUAUCAUCUUAAUGAAAUGGAAAGGAAAUCGAGGAUGUUCUUGAAAUCAAAUCGAUUUUGCGCGUUAAAUUUUCUCCCUAUCGACGGACCUCGUAUAUUCUCGAUAAUUUUUCCAUUGUCUCACAUAACUUGGCUUUAAAAUAUUGGUUCUAAUCAUAAGUAUCCGAUAUGAUUCUCGAGUAAAAACAGUUGCAGCGCUUGGGUUUCACGGUCAGAAGAGGUAGCAAUAAAUCUCUUGUUAAAAGCA